GGAGGAUGGAAAUUUGAGACGCGGUAUGUGAAGCGGAAGUUUAGCCUGUUCCUCCUCGCGACUGGGACACAGGGACACACCCAUCGACAAAGUUUGUAGUGGACUCCAUUGCAGUCUUCUGCUAGUUUUCCACUUUUCCUGUGUUCAGCUCUGCAACAUGCCGUCCACCGUAAAGAGCCUCAAAAUCACAUAUAAUCCUAUUAAUGAGCAAAAUACAUUUACGAGCGGCGACUGGGUCACCGGCCAGGUUUCGCUGGAGGUGGCCAAAGACUGCGAGAUAGACUCUCUGAUGGUCCAAUUUAAAGGGAAAGCCGAGGUGAUGUGGACAGAGAGGCACGGUCAAGUUACUGUUGUGUACCACUCCAAGGACAAGUACUUCAGUAUUAAACAUUACUUUAUUCGUGACAAAAAUGCGGAAGAAGAUGACAACGAAACUCUCCUUAUAAAUCAGAGCGGCGAAACGUACAGCAGUGUUGUUGCUCCAGGAUGCCAUGUUUACCCAUUCUCCUUUCAGAUCCCUUACCCGAGCAUGCCCUCCUCCUUUACUGGCUCAGUUGGGAAAAUUUACUACACACUGAAAGCCAAGCUGAGCAGAUCCAUGAGAAUUGCCCAGAAAGAUAAAAUUCGGAUCAACUAUGUGACGAAUGUCAUCACGUACAACGACCUUGACAUAAUGGCACCGCAGCAUGACUCCAAGGACAAGAAAAUGAAGCUUUUCACAUCAGGAUCUGUAGCCAUGGAUGUUAAACUUGAGAAAACAGGCUACUCCCAAGGAGAGGGGUUAAAAGUUAUGGCCUGCAUUGAGAAUAACUCGUCUCGUGAGAUCAAGCCCAAGUACUGUGUGUACAGGAAGCACAGCUUCUUUGCAGAUGGCAAAAGAAGAGUCUGCACAAAAGACCUCUUAAAGGAAGUGGGAGAGCCCAUCCCUCCUUCUACCAAUGUGAAUGUUUCAAAAGUCAUUCCAAUCCCCCAUGAUGCUGAGCCCUCCAUCCACAACUGCAGUAUCAUCACAGCGGAACAUAGACUCAGGGUCUAUCUCGAUGUUAAAUAUGCUUCAGAUCCAGAGAUCAAAUUCCCCAUUGUCAUCAUGCCAGCCUCUCAGGUUCCUGCUGUGGCAGCAACACCUUCUGCUUCAGCCUUUGGAUUUGAACCAUAUGGAAACACAAACCCACCACAAUGGGGCUAUGUACCGCCACAACCACCAGUAGCACCGCAAUCCCUGGAUCUUCCACCUCCUUAUGGAGCACAUGGAAUGUACCCACCUUUGACAGAUUUUGGUCAUAAAUAUCAGUGAAAAGGAACCUGUUAAACAAUCGUCGAGUGUUGCUAAAGUGUGAGGAAUGCCUGUCCUCAUCACUUACAGGUGGCACUCUGAAUUCAGGUCAGUUAACCAGUUGGCAAUAAUUAACCUUGGGGAACAAAACAGUUAAUUUAAGCAUUUUAUGGCAAGGAAUCUCUCUAAAGACUGAAGUCAUCAGGGUUAUUUCAGGUAUGGCCAAAGAAUCACAAAAUGUUACACCAUGGACAAGGUGAGGCCACUUCCAAGGUGUUGAAUGUCUUAUAGAAGCUGCUACUUGAUUGCCUUAUGGACAUCAGGAAACCAAACACAUUUCAAGCUCAUUUCACACUAGUGACAGAAAGUCAGAAUCUCAUUACCUUUGCAGGUUCACUAUGACCAUUUUUUUAAAUACAUCUCUUUCAAAAAUCCCAAAUGUAUGGUAGUGCAAAACAUAGCUACUGGAUUUAUUGCAUCCUAAACUAUUUGAAGAUAAGCUGCAUACCUAAGUGUCUUUUCAAAAGUUUUUUUAUAACUGAUCUAAAAUGAACUAUUGUUAUGUGUACAAGAAAAACAUUUCCUACUUUCUGAAUGGGUAAUAAUCACUUUCCUUUUUCUUUUUGUACAAGGUGAAAUACAUUAACUUGAGAUGCAAAUCAUCUUUGUAAUAGAAUGCUAUUAUGUGUAACUGUUGAAACAUUGUUUGUAUUGUAAUGAGUUAUGAAGUUGUGACUCAAUAUAGCCAUUAUUGUCAGUUACAUUUCUCGUAUGUAGUCUGAAAAUACAUUUUUGUAUUUGUUUUUCAAGUAUCUGAUAUUCAAGUGCUUGCUCCUUUAAUUUCAUGCUAUAUUGAGAGUAGGUUAGUGUUUCAGACAACAAAAAAAUGACUGAAUAAAAGGAAAAUAUAGAAUAGUGGCUGCUGUAAACAAUCCAGGUUAAACUGGUUUACUGUAAUCCUGUAAAAAAAAAAGAAAACGUGUUGACAGACCUGUUAUUAAAUGAUAUGUUGAUGCAAAAA